AUGGAGGAGUGCGCUUGCCUCUGCAGCGUGGGCUCUUCACGGGGAUGUCGGUGUCCUCAGAAGCGCCAGCGCCCAGCUGAGAUGGCAGCGGCCGACAGCAAGCUGGCCCCAGCAAAAAAGCACAUCGAGGGGGAUGUGGCAGCGCGGUGCUGUGCGGGGAGUGGAGGAAUUGCGAGCCCCAUGCCGGCCCCGCACUGCUCGCUGCAGGACCUGCCGGUGGAGAUGCUGGUGGAGAUCUUCACCUGGGUUCCCGGCACCCACCUGCCCAGCCUGGCCCAGACCUGCACCAAAUUCCACCACAUCCUGCACAUCGACAGCAUCUGGAGACGGCGCUGCCAGGAGGAGUUUGGCAUUCGUGAAAAUUUGCAGAACCUGGAGAUGAUCGGUAUGUCUUAUCGGGAAGUCUAUGCGAAGCUGUUCCCAUACAGAAACAUUUUGGGAUUGUGGCAGCUAGAUAAUGAGUACUAUAGAACACUAGUGAAUGUCGUGGUGGACGGCUUAUGCAUUACUGGUUGGAAAUACAGGCCUUCCCUUCACACCCACGUGGGUGGCCCAAUACGUUUCCAGCCCUCGUUCAGAAUUCGCCUGACGGAGAGGAAAUCAGCCGCGGUGGAGUGCAUGGAGGGCCUAGACAGCAGGCCCCACAAGCGCCACGUGCAGAUUCAGAAGGACAGGUUCACCACCCGGUGCAAGAACACCGACCACGGAACGGAUUUACCCACGUGGCUUAGGGAAGAAGGGGGGCUGGUGCUGGAGGACAGACAGCAGUAUAACUGGCUGACCUACCGCCGCCUCUAUCUCCCGCCGAGCCACCCGGACGACCUCAUCAGGCCUGGCCUCUUCCAAUACUACUACGAUUCCUUCGGCCUAAAGAUUGCCAUGCUCAGCUUCCAUGGGAAGUAUGCCAGGGUCACCAAGAUCACGGGAAUCUCCAAGAAGACGUUAGAGAUCCACCUCAUGCGCCGCAUCCAGCUGCCAGAUGGCGAGAUCUUCUGCAACUUCAAAGAGCUCUCCCGUGUGGUCCAGGAGAUUGACAAGCAGGUGAUCCGGGAGCAGCAGCAGCAGCAGCAAGAAGACGGGACUGAGGAAAGCGAGGGCCAUGGCUGGCAGAGCCCUGCCCAGCCCAGCGCCGGGGAGUCUGGGGCUGCAGCUUCGGAGGAGCAGCCUGUCCCGUUUGUUCUGCCUGUGGGCGUGCGCUCCAGUGACCAGAACUACCCCGGAACCUGCAGGAUGUGUUUCUAUGGCGUGGACACUAUUACCUUACCUGGCUUAGCCUACCACGGGCGCUUCCCUGGAGUCUUCAUCCUGUUUGAUGAGAACCACUUCGGGUUCAUCUGGCUGGAGGCGAAAUACUUCUUCCUGUGCGGCAGAGUACAGAACACCUUCCAGAAUGUGGAGGCACCAUCCCCGCAGGCUUUCCUGGAGAUGCUCAAGAACAUUCAGUCCAUGCCCUAA